AUGCCUUUGGCACUUGCUGAAAUUCUUUUUGAUCAUAGAACAAAGACUUUGGGUAAUUUCCCCCUCAACUUUGCCCUCUUCCAGCAGAAAGCAGCCAGACCCCAGCUGGAAAUUCCCUUUCCCUUAUUUUACCCAUUGUUUUCUCAUACAGGUUAUAAGUACAUGUCCUUGGCCCUGAACAGAACUGGCAGAAGCAUUGUAUACUCCUGUGAGUGGCCUCUUUAUAUGUGGCCCUUUCAUAAGCCUAAUUACACAAAAAUCCGACAGUACUGCAAUCACUGGAGAAAUUUUGCUGAUGUUUAUGAUUCUUGGGAAAGUGUGAAGAGUAUCUUGGACUGGACAUCUUCUAACCAAGAGAAAAUUGUUAAUUUUGCUGGACCAGGGGGUUGGAAUGACCCAGAUAUGUUAGUGAUUGGCAACUUUGGCCUCAGCUGGGAUCAGCAAGUAACUCAGAUGGCCCUCUGGGCUAUCAUGGCAGCUCCUUUACUCAUGUCUAAUGACCUCCGACACAUAAGCCCUCAAGCCAAAACUCUACUUCAGGAUAAAGAUGUGAUUGCCAUCAACCAAGACCCCUUGGGCAAGCAGGGGUACCGCCUUAGAAAGGAAAACAACAUUGAGGUAUGGGAACGACCGCUCUCAAACUUAGCCUGGGCUGUAGCUAUGACAAACCUACAGGAAAUUGGUGGACCUCGUUCUUACAUCAUCUCAAUUGCUUCCCUGGGUAAAGGAGUGGCCUGUAAUCCUGGUUGCUUUAUCACACAGCUCCUCCCUGUGAAAAUGGAGCUUGGGUUCCAUGAAUGGACUUCAAGCUUAAAAACUCGUAUAAAUCCCACAGGCACAGUUUUGUUUCGGCUAGAAGCAAAAAGAAGACUGCAUCAAAAAGCUUAAAUGUACUUUAAGUUGUAUACUUUCUCCAAAGUGACAAGCCCACUUUUCUAUUUUUUUUCCUCCAUUUCCACUUUAAAAAGCUCUGUUUCCUUGAAUAAAAUUUCUCAAAGUUGGAAGUUUAAAAGAGCUACUUCAAAAGUUAUUCUAAAAAGAGAAUUGUUUGGAGAAGGGCUUAAAACUAAUGCACUAAGAAAUAACAGCCAUAAUUCAUUGGAUACUUCUGUGCCAGAUUCUAAUAAAUGCUUUCAAGGUGCUGAUUUAUUUUAACCCUCCGUCCUGAAGUAGGCAGUUAUUCAUUGUACUACAGAACCUGGACUUAAACCCCAGCUGUUAAUCACUACUGCCAAACAAGGUACUUGGAUGGUUCUACUUAUAAUUUCAGUGCAAAUGGAAAAUAAAAUCUGCCGUCUCAGUAAGACAAGA